AUGCCCUUCCAGAGAAACUCGCUGAAGGAAGAAGAUAGAUGCAAGCUCUAUAAAUGGCCAAAGGUUGAGCUUCAUGUCCAUUUGGAAGGAGUAGUACGGCUAGAAACCAUCGUCGAUCUCCAACGAGAAGCUCGAGCAAAAGGCCCAGAAGACUUUGCGAAAAUGAUGGGGCCAUUUUCUGAAUCCUGGGAAAAUAUGUCCGAGCUACGUAGCCUGGUAGUGAUUGAGGAAGGAGACAAAGAUCAGUCGCUGCUGCUCUUCUUGGAACGAUUCAAGUUCUUCAUGGGCUUGAUUCAAGGUCGCAAAGAUGCCAUUUACAGAGUGACGUAUGAGUUCAUUGAGGACUUGUACCAACAACGCGUCGAAUACGCCGAGCUUCGAUUCUGUCCGAUGCUUCUAGCGAGUUGCAAACUCGAGCCGCAUUUUAAGUCAUCUGGAAGUAUGACUCCCGACGAUGUCAUUGUUGUUGUCAAGCAAGCAAUCAACGAUGCGUACGAAGAUUACGGCGUCAAAUGCCGGCUGAUUCUAGCGAAUGUUGUGGGGCUGUGGGAAUAUGCCCUGCCAAUAAUUGAUCUUGCGACAAGGCAUCCCGACAUUGUUGUCGGAAUCGAUGUUGCUGGCUACGAAAAUGGCCACAUCUACAAAACGAAAAAGGAGAAACUCUUCAUAACCGCAUUCAAUAAAGCUAAAGAGCUUGGAAUUCACCGAACCGCUCACGCUGGAGAGGCUGGUGGCCCAUCGUCCGUCAAAAACGCAUUACUGUAUUUGAACGCGGAACGUAUUGGACAUGGCUAUCACAUGAUUGAAGACCCUGUUCUCCUGGAUUACAUAAAGGACAAAAACAUUCAUGUUGAAUGUUGCUUGACAUCAUGCUGUAAAAUCGGCGGAUUUUGGAAUGAAAAAUGGGACGAGCAUCCGAUCAAAAAGUUUUUCGACAGCGACGUUAACUGUUCACUUUCUACGGAUGAUCCGACGAUCUUCCAGAACAAUCUACAAAUGGAGUAUCAAAAGUGUCAGAAACGCUUCAAAGUCAGCACCAACAAGCUAAUAGAAUCAAACCUCAACGCAGCUAAAGCAUCCUUUUUGCCCGACGACGAAAAGGAAAACUUAGUCAAGUCACUAGAGAAGCAGUACGCUCUCAUUUCAUUUGACUCUUUCUGA